GUUUCUAGAACAAAAUAACUCUUCUUCUUUUCGCGCCGUCUCCUCCUCCGUUUCAGCAGCUCAGUGUUGCCGCCGCCGCCACUGCCACUGCCACCGUCGCUUUCUUUCUUUCGUGGCGCCGCGGCCUCCCUCUUAGCGAUUUUGCUCUGAUUUUCUUCUCCCUUGUAACUGGUUUGGUGCAGCCAUGUUUUUGACUCGAGUGAUUGGGAGAAGAUUUCUGGCUGCUGCUAGAUCAGAAACUUCUUCUGCCACAGCUGCUGCUUCUACAACUACGAUGGGCUACAACCCGCUUGAGGAGUUUUUUGAGGCAGAUAGAAGUCCAAAUGACGACAAACCUGUUGUAUAUGGUCGAAGUUGGAAGGCUUCAGAACUUCGGCUCAAGUCUUGGGAUGAUCUUAAUAAGCUAUGGUAUGUUCUGUUGAAGGAGAAAAAUAUGUUGAUGACACAGCGCCAGAUGCUUAAUGCACAAAAUCUAAGGUUUCCUAAUCCAGAACGCAUUCCCAAGGUGCGGAAGUCAAUGUGCCGAAUCAAGCAAGUACUUACCGAGAGAGCCAUCGACGAACCAGAUCCUCGGAGAUCUGCAGAGAUGAAGAGGAUGGUAAACGCUCUGUGAUUAGCGAAUCAGUAUUUCAAAAUCAGCGCUUGUAUGCAGUGGAGCUUAUCAUCUCUGUGACAAAAGGAGGAAGUGUUAGCAUGAUAAUGCGCGUCCGAUACAACGCCUUAUCAUUCUGUAAUCGAGGAGAUAUCAUUAGAACAAGCCUCGAAAAUUGUUGGAUGAUUUCUAAUAAUGUUUUAUCAACACUAAUCAAAGUUUUGAAGAUGUUUUUAAUUGUGGCAAAGAUUAAACAAGGGCCAAGUUUAUUAUUCUAGAAUGUGUGUGUGUACUGA